UACCACUGCUUUCAAUGUCUCCCCUGCUGCAACUUUUGCUGGAGAGACAUCAUUUAAAUUCAAGAACAAAACCCUAUAAUUCACCCAAACUAUAGCAGAAGUAAUCAGUACUAGUAUUCUAGCUCAAAACCCAAUUUCCAGUUUCCACUUAACCCCACCAGCACACAAAAUUCUGUAGAAGUAAAUUGAGUCAUCAGUUUCCGUUCAAGAGUUCUUUUUUGGUUUUCUUCCCGUUUUUAUUUAUUUUGGAAAUUCAGAGCAAAUGGGCCGUUAUGAAAGGUCAAAAUCUGCAAUCUUGCUAGGGUUUUUGGUAUUGAACUUGACCCAAUUAGUGAUGGGUCGGUUCGUGGUGGAGAAGAACAGUUUGAGAGUGACGUCACCGGAUAGUAUCAAGGGUACUCAUGAUAGUGCCAUUGGGAACUUUGGGAUCCCUCAAUAUGGAGGGAGCAUGUCUGGGACUGUUGUUUUUCCAAAGGAGAAUCAAAAGGGUUGCAAAACUUUCAGUGAUUUUGGGUCUUCUUUUAAGCCCAAGUCUGGAGCUAUGCCCAAUUUUCUUCUUGUUGAUCGAGGAGGUUAUUGUUGUGCAGCUUUCUUCCUCUUAUCUGAAAGUGAGUGUGAAUGCCCUGUGGUCAAUGGUGUGCAGUUUAGGGGGGAUGGUUACAGCUCCUGUGCAGCAACUGGGCCCGGGCGAUGCAAAAUUAACAAUGGAGGUUGUUGGCAGGAUACUCGAGAUGGACGCUCUUUCUCUGCUUGUAUGGAUCACGAAGGAGGAAAGUGUGCAUGUCCUCCAGGAUUUAAAGGCGAUGGCGUGAAAAGUUGUGAAGAUGUUGAUGAAUGCAAAGACAAGAAAGCCUGUCAGUGUGCUGAAUGUAGCUGCAAGAAUACCUGGGGAAGUUAUGAUUGUUCAUGUAGUGGGGAUCUGUUGUAUAUCAGGGACCAUGAUACUUGCAUAAGUAAGCGGGCUACUGAGGUCAAGUCUGGUUGGGCUGCUGUUUGGGUCAUUUUGAUAGGGCUGGGUAUGGCAGGUGGAGGAGGAUUCCUUGUCUACAAAUACAGAUGGAGGUCAUACAUGGAUUCGGAGAUAAGGGCUAUCAUGGCACAGUACAUGCCCCUGGACAGCCAAAAUGAGGUUCCAAAUCAUGUGAGUGAUGAUCGUGCUUGAAACAAACACGACUGAUAUUGCACGUAGAAAUUUCAGUUGCUGUGGAGAGUUGUACUUUUUUCUUUCUCGACCAGGGUUCUUGAAGGUAGACUUUGUAUCUGUGUAAAAUAUACUGGAGAAUAAUUUGUGGAAAUCAAAAUUAUCUAAAGGGCGAGUUCAUAUUGGUACAAGCUAAAGAGGGAAUGAUUAGGUCAUCUGCCUUGGUAGGGGACUUCAGUACUCUCAUCACCAACGUGACUUCUUGGUGCAAGAAGAGUCGAACAUUCUUAGUUACGGGUAAGAGUUAAAUUGUAGCAGAAUAUGAGAAUUUGUGUCGUUCUUCUUUGUUAUCUUGGUUGACUUUUUAGGGAUGGAGUAUGAUAUCUCAAUACUGAUAAUGUAUUUGCACUGCUAUUGGCUUUGACAUUGUACCUUUAUCUGGAAAGUUGUGAAAUUGUUGUAUCAAUAUGAUAAAAUUGAUCAUUGCUGAUGCUUGAAAGAUA